CUGUGUUUGCAUUUUAGGUUUUACUUGCUGAACUGGAAUCCUCAAAAGAACAGUAUGCUGUUAAAUUCAUAAGUAAAGAAUUUAUUGUAAAAGAAGAUUAUGGAAGCUAUAUAUUGACUGAGAGGAAAGUCUUAAAGUUAGGAAGGAAACACCCAUUCCUUGCUCAACUUAUUUGCUCUUUUAUAACACAGAGACGUGAAGCCAGAAAACAUCUUACUUGAUGCUGAAGGUCACUGCAAGUUAGCUGAUUUUGGAAUAUGCAAACAAGGAAUAAAAAAAGGAGAAAAGACUAAGUCAUACUGCGGCACACCAAGUUAUAUGGCUCCUGAGAUCCUAGAGAAAGCAGAGUAUGACCAUACCAUAGACUGGUGGGCCAUGGGUAUCCUUAUCUAUGAGAUGAUGGCUGGAUACACCCCCUAUGAUGCAGACAAGCCAGACGAGCUGCUCGUAUGCAUUUUGGACACGGAAAUUAAAUUCCCUGAUUGGUUUAGCUUUGAAGCCGUCAGUAUAAUAGAACAAUUCCUGAAACAGGACCCUAUAAAGCGUCUAGGCUCUGUAAUAUACCAGGAUGGAGAAGAUGCAAUAAAACAGCAUACAUUUUUCAGGGAUAUUGAUUGGGUUCUACUGGAGCAAAGACAAACUGAGCCUCCCUUCACACCUUACAUUGAAGAAGAAAGGAAUGUCCAUAUCCUACCAAAGGCGCUAAGUUUGCCAACAAUAGAGAAUUGCGAGAUGAAGAAAUGUUCUUUUUAAAAUGGAGAGUCAAAAAAGUUGUCGUAAGUAGAAGACACCACUGAUGAUGAAUCAUGUUAACAAAAAAAACUGGUAUGAUUCUAUCAUCCAGUAAAAAAAGAGUAUCAAUUCAGACAUCUUCUGUAACAUUGUAACUGAUUUGUACCUUAUUUAUUCC